AUGGAUGCCAAGAAGCCUUACAUUGUUGCAAUUUUCAUUCAAAUUACUGAAGCCGGAAUGAGCUUAUUGUCGAAGGCUGCCUUCGCUACCGGUAUGAAUACGUAUAUCUUCCUCUUCUAUCGUCAAGUUGCUGGCAGCCUCAUCUUAGUACCACUAACUUUACUUUUAAAAGGGAAAGAGAAGAGGCCAUUGUCUCUUAAACAGCUCUGCCAUGUUUUCUUCAUUUCAUUGAUAGGGAUAACAUUUACAAUGAAUGCUUAUGGAGUGGCCGUUGAUCACACGUCAGCAACUCUUGGAGCUGUAGCCUUCAACUGCCUUCUUGUCUCAACCUUCAUCUUCGCCGUCUUAUUUAGAAUGGAAAAAGUGAACUUAAAGAAAGUAGCAGGGAUAGCAAAGGUGGCAGGAAUGAUGAUAUGUGUGGGAGGGGCAACAAUACUUGCAUUCUACAAAGGACCAUAUCUAAAGCCAAUAAUAUCACAUCCACUUUUUCACAUUGACGAAUCUGAAACCGACAUUACUACAACAUCUCAAAAGUCAUGGUUGUUAGGGUGCUUCUUCCUGCUAGUGGCUACAGUGGGUUGGGGGAUUUGGUUCGUGCUUCAGGCUAAGUUCUUGAUGGGUUACCCUCACCCAGUUGAAUUCAUGUGCGUCCAAACGGUGAUGAGUGUGGUUCAGUGCUUUGUUGUGGCUAUUAUUGUGGAAAGAGAUCCUUCGGAAUGGAAAUUGGGUUGGAAUGUUAGACUCUAUGCCGUUCUCUAUUGUAACACAAUAGAUGUGUAUCGUUGA